CUAUCCCACUUUGCCUGGCUCUGGGAAGCCCAACCCCCUGUUCUGGGAGGAACUUCUAUGAUUCUCAGCUGUAGGGGAAAUCCACGUCUUUAAAACAAGGAAGGUAUCAGGGCCCCAGGACAAAGCAUUGAGGGCCAGGAGGGCCUGGAGACUAAGCUCUAUUUAACAGAAGGAAGAAAGCUGAGAAUGAGACCCAGCGAGGAGAAGGGCCUGUUCAUUUCUAGCAUGUCAGAAGCAGAGCCGGGCUGGACCCUGUGUUCUUCCCACGGCCUCCUGAUAAGGAAUCGCCAAAAGCCGUGAGAUCUGUGCGGCUUGACGCUCUGGGAUAGUAGUGACAUGGCCUUGGAAUUGGGCUGGAGGAUUAGCAGAGAAACUCCAGGCUGGUAGUGCUGUCUGCAGUGUCCCUGUGCAUCCUGGUGGCUGUGUCCUGGGAAUCAGCUCUGUUCAGCCUGCAUUCAUUCUGAGGAGAACGAGGGAGCUGCCUGGUGGAGGAGUCUAGAGGAGAUUCUGUGGCCACAGGGUCCUGCGGAGCACCAGGGAGAUCCCAGUUAUUUCUCCAGCUGCCUUUUGGAGGCACCUUCCUAGACAAGGCUUGGAACUCCCACCUACUGCUGGACGAGUCAUGAAGAAGCAGUUUGUGGUGCUGGGCUUCUUGGCUGUGGUUCUGCUCCUGGUCAUUGUGGGUCUCUGCCUCUGGCUGCCCUCCACCUACACGCAGCCUGACCACGUGUACGCCAGGGCGGCUGUGGCCGCUGAUGCCAAGCACUGCUCGGAGAUUGGGAGGGACGUGCUGCUGGAUGGCGGCUCGGCGGUGGAUGCAGCCAUUGCUGGCCUACUGUGUGUCGGGCUCAUGAACCCACACAGCAUGGGCAUUGGGGGUGGCCUGUUCCUCACCAUCUAUGACAGCUCCACAGGGAAAGCUGAGGUUAUUAAUGCCCGUGAGAAGGCACCCCGGCUGGCGCACACCAACAUGUUCAACAGCUCAAAGCAGUCUGAGGAAGGUGGGCUGUCAGUGGCAGUUCCAGGUGAGAUCCGCGGCUACGAGUUGGCGCACCAGCGGCACGGGCGGCUGCCUUGGCAUCGCCUCUUCCAGCCCAGCAUCCAGCUGGCCCGUGAGGGCUUCCCUGUGGGCAAGGGCUUGGCAGGAGCCCUGAACAAAACCCGCACUGUCAUUGAGCAGACACCUAACCUGUGCGAGAUUUUCUGCCGGAACGGGAAGGUGCUUCAGCAGGGCGACACAGUGACCAUGCCACGACUGGCUGACACUUAUGAGACACUGGCCCGAGAGGGGGCCCAGGCCUUCUACAAUGGCAGCCUCACAGCCCAGAUCUUGCAGGACAUCCAGGAGGCUGGGGGCAUCAUGACCACUGAGGACCUGAACAACUACCGUGCGGAGCUGAUCGAGCACCCGCUGAGCAUCAGCCUUGGGGACUCCGUGCUGUAUGUGCCCAGCGCCCCACUCAGUGGGCCUGUGCUGGUUCUCAUCCUCAACAUCCUCAAGGGGUACAACUUCUCCCCGGCAAGUGUAAGCACACCUGCACAGAAGGCCUUGACAUACCACCGCAUUGUGGAGGCCUUCCGGUUUGCCUAUGCCAAGAGGACCCUGCUUGGGGACCCCAAGUUCGUUGAUGUGACUAAGGUCAUCCAAAACAUGAGCUCCGAGUUCUUCGCAGCCCAGCUUCAGGCCCGAAUCUCUGACUACACCACAUACCCAGUCUCCUACUAUGAGCCUGAAUACUAUGUGCCUGAUGAUGGGGGCACGGCCCACCUGUCCGUGGUCUCAGAGGACGGCAGUGCUGUGUCCGCCACCAGCACCAUCAACCUCUACUUUGGCUCCAAGGUCGUUUCCCAAGUCAGUGGCAUCAUCUUCAACAAUGAGAUGGAUGACUUCAGCAAUCCCUACUUCACCAACCAGUUCGGGGUGUCCCCUUCACCGGCCAAUUUCAUCGCACCAGGGAAGCAGCCACUCUCGUCCAUGUGCCCAUCAAUCAUUGUGGGCAAGGAUGGCAAGGCCCAGAUGGUGGUGGGAGCCUCCGGAGGGACACAAAUCACCACAUCAACUGCGCUGACUAUCAUCCGCAGCCUCUGGUUUGGCUACAAUAUGAAGCGGGCAGUGGAGGAGCCCCGGCUGCACAACCAGCUUCUACCUAAUAUCACAACAAUGGAGAAAAACAUUGAUGAGGCAGUGGCUGCAGGCUUGAAGACCCGGCACCACGACACCGAGGUUACAGACAGCUUCAUCGCUGUGGUGCAGGCCAUUAUGCGGACAGCCAGUGGCUGGGCAGCUGCUUCGGACUCCAGGAAAGGCGGGGAGCCAGCCGGCUACUGAGCGCCCCCCUGGGAUAGCCAAGACUGGCCAGAAACCCGAGGCCAAGACGCCAGGGCCAGGAGUGGGACUUUAGGGGGUACUCUCUUGAUGAGUGGCACAGCGGCAUAAUAAAUGGGGCCACUGCGUAGAGCUCUGGGCAGCGUCGCAGUCCAGGUCCCCCCUCCCUGGG